AUGAUAAAACCAAGUUUUUUCAAGUUCGAAACUGACAUAAUAUGGUUUAUUGCUCUUCAAGUUUUUCUAUUGCACGCUAUUGGCAUUUAUGGUUUAUUGACUUUUAACUACUUGGAAAAUUUGAUGACUACAAUAUGGAUAAUCGUGAUGUAUUUUAUAUCCAAUAUUGGAGUAUCUGGUGGAGCUCAUCGACUUUGGACUCACAAGAGUUAUAAAGCAAAGUUACCGUUAAGAAUUCUAUUUUUGAUAUGCUUUAGUGCAUGUGCACAGAAUACAAUAUGCAGUUGGGUGAAAAAUCAUCGUAUGCAUCAUAAGUAUUGUGAUACUAAUGCUGAUCCUCACACUACUCAACGCGGCUUCUUUUACGGACAUGUAGGAUGGGUGUUAAUGAAAGAGCAUCCAGAAUUUACUAAAAAGAGCAAGCAACUCGAUUUAUCGGAUAUUUUGUCAGAUCCUGUUGUAGUUUUCGGAGAAAGGUAUUUUCUGCUCCUUCAACUUAUAUUUGGUUUUAUCCUACCUACGGCAGUACCUAUAUACCUAUGGAAUGAGACAUGGAGCAGGGCCAUUAUAUCGCAAGUAUUCAUAAGAUACAUGAUUACUUUAAACGCCGUGUGGACUAUCAAUAGCAUUGCUCAUGUCUGGGGCACUAAACCAUAUGAUAAAAAUAUAAAACCGUCAGACAACAAUUAUGUUAAUUUUCUGACCAUAGGAGAAGGUUAUCACAAUUUUCAUCAUGUGUUCCCAUGGGAUUACAGAUCAUCGGAAAAAGGAAAUAAUAGAUUUAAUUAUACCACUUCUUUUAUCGAUAUUUGCGCAAAAUUGGGACAAGCCUAUGAUCUUAAAUAUCCGUCCGAGAAUCUUAUAAAAAAUAUUAUAUUAAGUAGAGGUGACGGGACUCAUUCUAUGUUAUCCGAAGUAUCGAUAUCAGAAUCCGACUACUAAGUACUAAGCUAAAAAUAAGUCAGACAAAUCAU